UAUCUCAAUCUUGUAGUCAGUAUCGAAAUAAAAAAAGCAAGUCAAAAUACAGUGUCAACAAACAAGCAAUAAAAUCUGGAAAAAAACGUCAAAAAAAAAAAAAAAAGAGACGACCCAGCCAAGUACACAAGGUAAGAUAUCAGUUGAGCAAAGAAAGCCUGAAACCAGUCGGGUCCAGUUUUCAUUCGGUCAAGACGAAAAAAACAAAAAAACCCGUCAUUAAGGUUUAUAGUCCUUUUGCGCUCACGUAAUCACGAGAUAAGCGAUACCUCCUACACUAGUGACGUGGGCGUCCAGUCCCUUUCCCGAUCCUGUACAAGAUGCAGAAACACAAAGAGAGAAAAAAGAGAUGCCCAGGACGAUGUUUGGAAGAGGACAUGGCGGGAGACGUGGAUGAGAUGCGUGCGCACGCACGCAAAGCAAUUUGAACGUGGGAGAGAAGAUAGGAAGGGCGGGUGCCGGCCCUAUAACGCAGGGUGGUGGAGGAAGAAAGGGUGGGCAACAAUCACGGGCAGUCCACCAACCAGAUCUGUUCGCUUUCCUCCGGCUCAUCCAAUCGCAGCUCGGCUCCCGGGUUUCUCUCGGUCGACAGACGGGGGAAAACAAAUGCGAACGGAUGAUGGCCGGGUUGCAGUUAAAACCGACGUGAAUCUUUACGAACCCCCCCCACCCCUCCCUGCCUUUCACUUUAUUUACUCCGACCCUCGGCUUUUAGCUAGUUUGCCUCCCAGACAGUGUUGCAGCAUCCAUUUGAAGAGUGAUGCACUGCGCCAGCGCUUCCGCACUGUAGGAGGGAAGAGUUUGUGUUGCAUCUGUAAAGUAAAGUGAACCAUCCAUCCGACAAGUCAAAAGCUUGAGCUACUCGCCUGUGACUUGAUUAGACGUUCACGCACAUUCACGAGCCACUCAACUUAAACAGUGACUCCCUGUUCAUAAGACUGCAGCAGUCAAUCUCCUCCUACUUGCCGCCCGUUUCUGAUCCUUUCAUCGCCAGUGAGAACAAUCUGGUCCAGCAGAUAAUCUAUGCGUAUUGUAGUGGAGCUUUUCAGAAGGUUUUCAUCCACCAUUCGUUUGUGAUCCCUUUUUUUGUGCUACCUCGCUUAUCGACUUCGAUUUGACGUCCACCCUGAACAACAAUCUGCGCCUCAGGAUUCACCAACAGCUUUACGAGAUAAAACGGCCCAGUUUGAUAGUUACGUGUCUACCGUCUCGUAGAGCGCCAGGGUCACCAGGGCUGGGUACAAACUGACAUGAUUGUUCGCCCCAACGUUCAGACACUUUUGAGCCCUCGGUCCUCCUCGACUGCGACAAUGACUGACGAACGGCCACUCUGUUCAGAACCACAACAGUCAGCUACUAGAGACCUAAUUACUGCGCAUCACCACUUCGGGAUGGAUCGACUUUUGGGCAAUGAGAAAGAGACGCCAUUAGCACCGCAAACGACGGUCAUUAAGACGACUACGUUGUGGAGACCCAUCGCCCUGGAUACAGCAGAAUCACCCCCACCUCAGCCAGCAAGUCCUACGCCUUCCAUUUCAUCCGGCGACAAGAUGUCGACGACACGAAAUUUCAGCGUCCGCUCCUUGCUGAGCGAGUCUGCCAGUUAUCGACAGGCUAAGGGAGAUGUAGUCAUCAUCGGAGAGACAUCUGGAAAUUACAAGAAUUUGGGCAACAUCAACGACAUUACGGCUCUCAAUCGCCGGAUGAACGAUGCUUUAUCUAGAAGGCUCUCAUUGCUUAGCUAUGGUUCUUUUCUUCCGCCGGACCUGGCCAAUAAAAAUCCAUUCAGUCCCAUCUCGCCCGGUGGGACGAAUUUCCUUCCGUUUGGGAUUGGACUUCCUUCGUCAGCUUCCCAGCAAACAUCACAACAGACGAGUGAUUCUCUCUUUAACCUCCGUCGGCCUCCGCACAACAACAACCAACAGCAGCAACAUCCGUACUCUUUGGAAUGUUUCCAUCAGCGCGGAGGAUCCGCAUCCGGAGGAGCAGCAGGUGCUAACGGUGGAAGCGUUGCCAACGGAUUGAACGGAUCCGCCGAUUUUUCGUGCGUCAAAUGCGAAAAAAUGUUUUCAACUCCGCACGGACUGGAAGUGCACGCCCGUCGUUCGCACAACGGGAAGAGGCCGUUCGCUUGCGACAUCUGCAACAAGACAUUCGGCCACGAGAUCAGCCUCAAUCAGCAUCGGUCGCUGCACAACACGGAAAAAGUUUUCGAGUGUCGACAGUGCGGCAAGACGUUCAAGCGGUCGUCGACGCUAUCCACUCACCUGCUCAUCCAUUCGGACACCCGCCCAUAUCCUUGCCAGUAUUGCGGCAAAAGGUUUCACCAAAAGUCCGACAUGAAAAAGCACACCUACAUCCACACAGGUGAAAAGCCGCACAAGUGCGCAGUAUGCGGCAAAGCCUUUAGUCAAUCGUCCAACUUGAUCACUCACUCGCGGAAGCACACCGGCUACAAACCGUUUGCUUGCGAUCAUUGCGGACGAGCUUUUCAGCGCAAAGUUGACCUGCGGCGGCACCGAGAAAGCCAACACGCCGAGCUCUAUCCACCAACGACGGUUGUAGCCACAACAUCUUCCCACCAGCAAACGACCGCGUCGUCCAAUAACUCAUCGACAUCGUCGAUCGUAACUACGGCCACGGCUGUGGUUACAACCACUACAUCGAGCGCUUCUGCUGCGCUUCAUCAAAAUCAUCAACAGUCUGAUCGGCAUCAUCAUCGUGGUCAUUCCACUGUGGCAGCGUCGACGCCAUCGGCUUCUGUCGUGGCCGCUGCCUUGGCCCAUUUCAACAGCUUCCAUUCGUCCUCGAAUAAAGAUCACUUGAGAGCCUUGAUUAACAGCAGCGAAGUCAAAAUGGCGGCUGCGGCCGCAGCAGCCGCCGGACUGCCGAACUUCCUCACCAAUCAUUCUGCAUUUAUUGGCCAACAACAGGAUUUCAUGGCCAAACAUCAUUUGCUACAAGUGAAUCAAUCGGCUUGAAUUCCAAUUUCUAUUGGGAUCGCAAGUCGUAAUCCUGAAAUUGACUCUUUUUGUCUUUUCUUUAAAUUGCGUCUGAGUUAUGUUUGUUUUUUUCGAAAUUGCCAGACGAAAAGAUAAAAUGACGUCAGUUUUUAAUGAUGCGUUAAGUACGACGUUUGUUUGCGUGUAAUAUAAUUUCGUCGCUUUUCAAGGGUGUGAAUAAUUUUCUCGUCUGUUAUGCACUCUUUUCCAUCUCUCGCAUAAUUCGCAUAAUGUCACGUAGUAUACUUUGAUCGCACCAACCAUUAGCCAGCAAUGAUUGUCUAGCCCUAAAAAUUAAAUAUUUGUGAUUUCGUUGUUAAAUUUUUCGUUCGUUUUAAUUACUUCUAUCGGUGUCUAUUUGAACAUAGGUAUUUGUGUAAAUAUACCACAGAUAGUGCUAAUCCUUUAAUGAAAUUCCUUUUGUUUUUUGUUUGUUCUUUUCCUUUGUGUCUUUCUCCCUUAUUCCAUUUCUCUUGUGGAUAGACAUUCUUUCCAAAACCGUUGUUGUCAUUAAAUUUAUUGUUUAUUUGUUUCUCUCAAAACCUACCGUCUAGCCAAAUUCGCGACUAAACAGUCUAAAUUAUGUAAAGACACUUGAUGUUAUAUGUGUGCGUUUCUGAAGCCAACCGUCUCCCUUCUUAUUACGAAAGCAAAAUAAAAAAAAAAUUAUUCCUAUGAAAAUACACGCUACUCUUUGAAUGUUAAAAA